AUGUAAAAUAGAAUCUAGAAAGAAUUAGAAGCCUUAUAAACAAAAAAUCCUUUACCUGGUAUUUCUGUUAGUGUUGAUCCCAAUAAUCGAUUAAUGUAACAAAAAUAAUGUGACAUUUCAAGUUGGCAUGCUAUUGUUGAAGGACCAGAAGGAAGUCCAUAUGAAGGAGGAAAGUUUAAAUUAGAUAUAGAUUUUCCUGAAAAUUAUCCUUUUAAAUGUCCUUGGGUAUAUUUUACGACAAAAGUUUUUCAUCCUUGUGUAACUGAAAAGGGGAAUAUGAAAAUGCAAUACUAUUGUGUAUAUUGAAAUCGCAAUAUUAGGAAAAUGAAUGGUAGCCAAACGACACUGUUGGUAAUAUUUUACAAAGAAUAUAAAAAAAGUUUAUAGAAUUCAAGAUUGACAAUUUAAACGGUUAAGCAGAGAAAUUGUAUAAACACGAUAGAGAAAAAUUUAAUUUUAUAGCUCGAGAAGAAACCAAAAAGUAUGCUUGA